AUGCGUAUGCUCUUGUUCUUAUUGUCUCAUGGCUUGGAAGUUAGUUACUCUGCAAUAUUCUUGUUCUUGUUCUCCCUUGGUAGGAAGUUAGUUAUUGGAAAUUUGAGUACUCAAAGAAUGGUAACAUAUCACUUUUUUCACUGGAAGAAAGGAACUCCAUUUGCAGAGGACCAAGGCAUCUACAAUAGAUUGACAUGGUGGGAGCAGGUAGACAAUGGAAAGCAGCUUACUCGUAACAGGAAGUUUCUAACAGUUGUUCCUUUGGUCCUNUGGAAGAAAGGAACUCCAUUUGCAGAGGACCAAGGCAUCUACAAUAGAUUGACAUGGUGGGAGCAGGUAGACAAUGGAAAGCAGCUUACUCGUAACAGGAAGUUUCUAACAGUUGUUCCUUUGGUCCUGUACUUGAUAGCCUCCCACACAACCGACUAUCAGAAUCCAAUGCUGUUCUUCAAUACUGUUGCUGUGAUUGUGCUGGUUGUUGCAAAGUUCCCCCACAUGCACAAGGUGAGGAUUUUUGGAAUCAAUGCUGAUAAGUGAAAUGUUGAAAACCUGGUCACCUGCUCAAGAGCCUCUUGUCCUUUUGUUCUGGAAAAAGGUCACACCUUUGUAUAGAAGGCAGAAGUGGAAGGAUACUCAAGUAAUGUUUUGUUGCCAACUGCUUUUUAAGCUGCUUCUAAAGUAUUAUUAAACAAAUAAAUAUGUUGAGUUAUUUCUGUACAGUAGAGAAGUAUAUGUAUCGAAUUAUAACGGUGCUUUUAAAAUGUACCUUUCUUUUCUUGCCUUUUUCCUUUUAUUCAUGCCUCCGAACUGAGAUAUACAAGAAUCAUCCUUUGCAUUGGUA